AUGGCCGCAGACACGCUGAUCCCAGACUUCGCAGACGCAGUGUCGGAGCUCUGCCACGACUCCUUCCUGAAGCAGCACAACCGCAUGAUCGAGGGCGCCGUGCUCACGUCGAGGGGCGAGAGGAACCUGAAAUGCGCCGUCACUUUCCAGACCGACUCCAUCCUACAGAGGUUUAUGCUGAGGUUCGAGCGCCUCCAGCUGGACUGCAACGACCACCUGUUCAUCUACGACGGAGCCUAUGCUAUGGGCACCUAUAAGGCUGACCUAUCCUGCCGCAACACACUGGCCAACGUGGGUACUAUUUACACCCAGACGAACCACGUGACUUUGCGUUACGUCACCGACCAGUGGGGACCGAAGGAGAACGGGUUCAAACUCCUCAUCACGGCGUUCAAGGAUAAAAAGCACACUUGCCUCCACUUCCGGUGCGAAACUACGAACUUCUGCGUGGAUCAGGAACUCACCUGCGACGGAGUGAACCACUGCGGCGACGGUUCGGAUGAAUCGACUUCACUCGCCCUCUGUCCUUACAGCAACGACUAUUCCGGACGACCACUUGCUAUAGCGAAAAGUACGACCACUUACUACAACGACCACCACGACCACUGA